AUUCCGGAACAAUUAUCCUGUAGGACUUGCUUCGAUCGUGACGUGGUUGGUGUGGCUCGAAAGAGAAGAAAUAGUCAUAAUACUGAUAACUUCCUACAGGUCGUUCACUAAGUUAUCAUGGAAUAAUUAAGUUGGUAAUUUAUUCUCAACAGUUAGCAAACCGUUUUGCGCAGUCUUCUCUGGCAUUGAGACCUCUAGGCUGCUGCGCUGGGACACGCCAGUCAUAACCCUGGGUCUGUCUGCGUCAUCAUGAAGCUAUACAGCCUAAGCGUCCUCCACAAAGGAGCGACUAAAUCCAAUCUCCUAAAAUCCGCAUAUGACCUCUCCUCCUUCAGUUUCUUCCAGCGCUCCAGUGUCCAAGAGUUCAUGACCUUCACCAGCGCCUUGAUUGUGGAGCGUUCUGCACACGGCAGCCGAGCCUCAGUCAAAGAACAAGAGUACCUGUGCCAUGUGUAUGUGAGGAAUGACAGUCUGAGUGCAGUGGUGAUAGCAGACAGCGAGUACCCACAAAGAGUCGCCUUCACACUACUAGACAAAGUGCUAGAGGAGUUCUCCAGGCAAGUGGAAAGUAUGGACUGGCCAUCUGGAAACCCAGACACCAUCAACUACAAAGCCCUGGACAUCCACCUGGCCAAAUACCAGAACCCCAGAGAGGCAGAUGCGAUGACCAAAGUGCAGGCUGAGCUAGACGAGACAAAAAUCAUUUUGCACAACACCAUGGAGUCUCUGUUGGAUAGAGGGGAGAAGCUGGAUGACCUGGUGCAGAAGUCUGAACACCUGGGGAACCAGUCUAAAGCCUUUUAUAAGACUGCACGGAAGCAGAACUCAUGCUGUGAGGUCAUGUGAGGUUGCUGGACUGUCCUCUUGGAUAUGUCUCUUUGCCUUUCUGCUCAUUCUACAACUUCCAUCGUGCCUCCAGGAGACAGAAUGGCCUCCACUCAGUCUCUGGGAGGGCGCAGGGGAGGGGGGACGUGGGAUCUCUGCAAUCUCUUUACAUGCUUACUGGGGAAGAGGAGAGGGGGUGGGGCUGCAGGACUGGUGGGGUUUCAUCAGGAAAAUAUCAUACUUAUUGGCUUUGUUGUAACAGUUCAAAAUGUGUUUACAGGAGGUUCAUAGCCAGCCAGGAUGUGUUUUGUUGUUCAAAAUGUCUUAAACUGUUUCCUGAGUUAAGACUGUAUCAGAGUCUUAAUCUGAGUUUGAGCUCAGCUUUCUGGGAGUUUUGAUCUAAUGCUUGGCGUUAAAGAAACCCUGACAAUCUCCCUCGGUACUCAAUGCAGUAACUCACAGGAUCUGCUGGUGAUCUCGUUAAGGUCUGGUAGUGACAUUUUUAUUUCCCUCUGCCCAGUAAAUGACACUGUUUCCUCACAUUUGUAGUUCAGGUAUGUUCAACUCUGUAUGUAAAGGGCCUCUAUGUAGCCCAGAGUAAUACCAUUGUGUUUGAUGUAAUGUGAGCAAAGUGUCUGUCUGUAACUGGGCCUGAGACAACAGAACUCCAUGAUCAAAUCCUCUUGAGUUUGUUUUCAAAGCUCAUUUCUACAGGACAAUAAUUGGAUUAGUUCACAUAUAGUUGUGUUUUGAUUAUGUAACCUAAUCAAAACAACAAUAUGUAACCUAUUGUUGUUUUGUUGUUCUCUAUGAAGAUGUGAAAACUUUGAAACAUUCCCAGGUUUUUCAAAUUCACAAAUUGAUUGGUAUUAUAGCACAAGCGGAUUAACUUAGGUUGAACUAAAAUGGGGUGGCCUGUACUUAUAGAGCAUUGUGUAGUGAUGUCUACAGAUUCUCAUUGAUACACAAAGCCUUUAUAAAAUAUGGGUUAGUUUGAAGUCCCCCUACGUAUGUGUUUGGAAAGUGUCCUAUUGGAGGGGCUCUCUGACUUUGUAAUCCUUCUAAAGCUGUUGUGUUUCUAGUCUGGACAAAGUCUCUUUAAAACAUGGCACACAAUGAAUCAGCCACGACCCACCCACCAAUGGGUUCUGCUCCACCAUUAGGUGUUCUACUGCAGCCUGAUGUCUGCAGCUCUGCCCCCUGUUGGCAGUGUAAACAUACUACAUAUGGAUUCGAUUUAAACUAACUGAAUGAUCAUGACAACACAUAUUGUGUAGUUAACUUCACUUUUGCAACAAGGAAAUUACUACCUGAGGUUAUUUUGUGGUGAACAAUGCUUGUCAUGUUGCCGGUAGAAAUGUAAUGUAUAGAACAGAUCCCUUUUCAGCAUAACACUGAAUCGUGUGCUUUUUACAAACAUUUCUAUCAAUGUAUUCUAUUUCAUUUAACAGGCUCAGCUUUGUGUGCACAACACUCACAGGUCACUCCUUUUGUUGUGAUCAGUAUUAUAACAUACCCAUUUGAUUUAUUUUUUUAAUAGCAGAAAUGCCUUCAGGUUUUCAUUGUUUCCAGACCCCAGCGGAUGAGUUGAACAAGUGAGAUGAAGAGGCCUUUGAUAUUUUAGAUGUAGUAUAUCUUGCUGCUUUAUUUUGUGUGUAUGACCUGGUUGUGUGUGCAAAGACAUUAGUCAGACUUGAACUGCUCAUAUUGCUCUAUGUCACAACUUCUGUGCAAUAGUAGGCUGACUAUAUUCUCCAUAUAAUGUUUUAUCUUGCAACCUGUUUCUCAUUUGAGUAGGGCAAACAGUUAGUUUGACCCCAGUGUUUCCAAUGAAAGAUACUUCUAUGACCCAUGUGCAUGCUUAUGAUGUCCAACUCUCCAAAUGAUACCGCGUUCAUGUGCUAGUCUGAACUCCAAAAUGUCCGACAUGCUAACUUGGUGAACGUGGCACAUGUAUAAAUUAGCAAAUCGGAAACUUCAGAGUUUCGAUUUGCACGUAAAUUAGGCAUAAACUAUGGGUGAAAAAAAAACAUUUGCCUUAUAGAGUACCGCAGUAUGAGUCAUAAUACCCAUAAAACCUAGCUGUCAAAUAAGGCAAUGUUUUUUCCCAUAGGGGAUUUUAGAAACACAAUAUUAGCCUGUGUUUAGUGUAGGCUUACCCUGGCGUAGCGUCUUAAGAACCGUGUAAAUCUCUUGGGCAAGGUGACAUAAAUACAUUCGCCUGUACCCCUCAAAAAUGAAAUGCUAAUGUAAAGAACUACAAAUGCCAGACAAUUCUUCUACAAGUCUCCUACUAGCUGCAUAGAUUGAAAUGUUAAUAGAUUAAUCAUAGGCAGUUUGUAGACUUUCAUACAUGCUGCAGAAGACACCACAGAUCUUUUGGAAAAUUGGUCUUGGUUGGUCCAGUUCUUAUCUUGGCGAAACAGUCAUGGCCUGCAGCACAAUCCUACUUUAAUUUCCUCAAACGUUUUUGUUAAACCUGCUUUUCGGUUUUAACCAAUGAUUUAUAUAGGCUACAUUAGAUGACUGACGGAUCGCUGUUUUGACGCCACCGUGCCUCCCAUCUUGGCAUUCCCCCACUAUUGUAAAAAAUAUUUUUUAAGCUAUAGAAUGUCUACAUUUGUUUUUGCCACCUUUAUUCUAUUACAGACACCUUAAAUGCAGGGAUCGACAACUCCAGUCUGCAGGGGCCGAGUGGUGUGUCACUUUUCCCCCAGCCUUAGAAAACACACUGAUUGAUUAGUUAAUUAUUGGAGCCAGGAGUGUAACUACUGAGGACUGGAGUUGCCCAUCCCUGCCUUAAUGCAUACUUUAAAAUUAUACUGAACAAAAAUAUAAAACACAACAUGUAAAGUGUUGGUCCCAUGUUUCAUCAGCUGAAAUAAAAGAUCCCAGACAGUUUCCAUAUGCACAAAAAGCUAAUUUCUAUAAAAUGUUGUGCACAAACUUGUUUACAUCCCUGUUAGUGGGCAUUUCUCCUUAGCCAAGAUAAUCAAUCUACCUGACAAGUGUGGUAUAUCAAGAAGCUGAUUAAACAGCACAAUCAUUACACAGGUGCACCUUGUGCUGUGGACAAGAAAAGGCCACUAAAAUGUGCUGUUUUGUCACAACAAUGCCACAGAUGUCUCAGGUUUUGAGGGAGCGUGCAAAUUGGCAUGCUGACUGCAGGAAUGUCCACCAGAGCUGUUGCCAGAUAAUUGAUUGUUAAUUUCCUUAAGCCACCUCCGUCAUUUUAGAGAAUUUGGCAGUACAUCUAACCGGCCUCACAACCGCGGACCACGUAUAACUACUCCACAUCCGGCUUCUUCACCUGCAGGAUCGUCUAAGACCGGACAGCUGAUAAAACUGAGGAGUAUUUAUGUCUGUAAUAAAGCCCUUUUUUGGGAAAAAAGAAUUCUGAUUGGCUGUGCCUGGCUCCCCAGUUGGAAGGCCUAUGUCCUCCCAGGCCCACUCAUGGCUGCACCCCUGCCCAGUCAUAUGAAAUCCAUUGAUUAUGGCCUAAUGAAUUUAUUUCAAUUGACUGAUUUCCUUCUAUGAACUGUAACUCGGUAAAAUCUUUGAAAUUGUUGCUUUUAUGUUUUUGUUCAGUAUAUAUUAUGAACUAAACAUCACAUAUGUAAAAACAUUUUUCUUGAAGUAGAAUUGUUUUGAAAGUAUUGAAAGUAUUAGUGUUACUGUCCCCACGACAACAAUAUUUAAAUAAAUGCAAUUUUGUCUUUGAAA